AUGCAUUUGCUAGCUAAAAACUCAGCUGGAUUGAAUAUCCCAUGCCAACAAUGCGACCGGACAUUUUCUUCUGAACGAUCUCUAAGUUGCCAUAUCAAAGUUCACAAUGACAAAAUCCUGAAAUGCUGUUUUUGCGAACAAACAUUCAACAGAACUGAUACUCUUUUCAUGCACACUCUCGAACACAUAAGAUGUCAAAUUGUUGUCGAGUCGAUGGCGGAUGGGGAGACUCACGCAAUCGAAAAACAUGGUAGUAAUGGAGUUGCAGUAAUUAAAUGCAAAAAUUGCCCUGAAUCUCUGCCAUCCUUUCGAAAAAUGCUCUUUCACCACACUUUCAAGCACGGUGAGCUGAAAGAGUUUGCGGAUGAAAUGACUGCAAAGCAGAAAGAAUUUUUGCGAACCAAAAAGAAUCAAAACCGAAAAGAUAAAAAAACAACAACCGGUGGGUUUGGUGAUUUAAAAAUCAAAAUGGAAGUCGAGGAAAGUGGUGGUUUUGAUUCUACUGUAGUCUCGACAGAAGACAACAAAGAUUAUGUCGAUGAAGAUGAAUUUAAAAGCUCGACAGAAUCGAACACUGAAAUGAUUGGAAAUCUUUCCGAUGUCAUUGCGGAACUGUUCCCAUUGACUAUCGGUGACCAAUAUCAGUGCUUGCAUUGCAUGAUGGGAUUCACUGAUGCAAUUCUGUGGAUGACUCAUCUUGGCUAUCACGACGUUGAAAAUCCCUUCAAAUGUUCUGGAUGCGGUCGGAUGUUUGAGAAUCGUCAAACCUUCGUUCUCCACCUCACGUAUUAUGCUCAUGGUGCUGAUGUACCAGCCCAAAACUAG